AUGGACCAAAGUUGCGUAGAUGAGAGCACAACAAGUGACUCUAUAUCAAUUGCUCCGACCUCGGCAUCGAAUUUACCGGUGAUAAAGUCGUCGGAAAGUCUCUGCCGAGUCGGAAGUGGCUCGAGUGUGGUGUUUGAUUAUGAGGGUGGUGUGGAGGCCGAAUCUCGAAAGCUCCCAUCAUCGAGAUUCAAAGGUGUAGUCCCUCAGCCUAAUGGCCGAUGGGGUGCUCAAAUCUAUGAAAAGCACCAAAGAGUUUGGUUGGGUACUUUCAAUGAAGAAGAUGAAGCAGCUAGGGCUUAUGAUAUUGCUGCUCAACGCUUUCGCGGCCGUGACGCUGUUACAAAUUUCAAACCGUUAUCUGAGACUGAAACUGAUGACACUACAACAGCCUUUUUGAAUUCUCAUUCGAAAGCUGAAAUAGUUGAUAUGCUUCGAAAACACACAUACAAUGAUGAGCUCGAGCAAAGCAGAAGAAACUAUAGCUUCAAUGGCAAUGGGAGAGGACUUGUAAAAAUGGCUUCAUCAGCUCAACCGGGUCAGACCGGGGUCUGA